AUGCCGCUCAAUCUUCAGGCGCUAAUCCGUUCAGUUCUCUCUCGGCCGCGCCCUAAUCAGAGCCUCGCAAAUUUCAGCACUCUUCAAAACGCCGAACCCACCAAAUAUCCGCCGGAGAAAGGCCUCGUCGUCUCCUUCCUGAUCAACUCGUGUGGCCUGUCGCCGAAGGACGCCGUUGCUGCCUCCAAGAAAGUGCAUUUCGACUCGCCGGGCAAGCCCAACGAUUUCCUGGGUGUUCUCCGAAAACAAGGUUUCACAGAGCCCCAGAUCUCCCGUAUCGUGAGGGCCGAACCCAAAUUACUCACGUGGAGCGCAGAAAAGUUCAUUCUGCCAAAGAUCCAAUUUUUCCGGCAGUCUUUGGUCGGUGUUUCUGAGAAGGACGUGCUCGACACCGUCUCGAGAUUCCCUUGCUUUUUGACCUCAAGCUUGGAGCACAAGCUCGAGCCCAACCUCGAUUACCUCAAGAAUCUUGUCGGGCCCAAAACGACCGAAACCCUCUUCCGGAAGGGAUCCCGGGCUCUGUUCAGGUUCGACCUCACGAACAAGGUUAUCCCAAACAUGAACCACUUGCAGGAGAUUGGGGUGCCCCCGGCCUUCCUCAAGCUUUCGUUAUUUCAGUGCGUUGGGAUAUUUUCCCUUGAACCCAAUGAAUUCAAGAAGCUGGCUCAGAAUGUGAGGGAAAUGGGUUUCGACCCAUCGAAAUCGAUGUUUGUUCUAGCACUGCACGCUCUCUCGGGGAAGGCUUGUUUGGCUCUGUGGAACAAAUGUUAUCAAGUUUAUCAGAAAUGGGGUUGGUCGAGGGAUGACAUAUUGUCUGCAUUCAUGAAGCAUCCAAAUUGCAUGCUUUGUUCGGAGAAGAAGGUCACGGCUGUCUUGGAAUUUGUGGUUCGGGAGCUGGGUCGGGAGGCGAGGGUUGUUGCUAGGUGCCCGAGCAUCAUUUUUUACAGUAUGGAGAGGAGGAUAGUCCCCAGGUGCACUCUCGUUCGUGACUUAGCUUCCAAGGGAUUGGUGAAAAAAGAUUGGGUCUUGACGAGCGUGCUUUCCCUUACGGAGAAAGAUUUCAUGAGGAAGUACGUGGUUCGGUUUGCCCAGGAAGCACAGGGGCUUUGUGGAACAUAUGCAUUAAGGGAAAAAAAUGUUGCGUUUUUCAAACUCAUCUCUUAG